AACCACGCGCGACGGCAUUGGAUUCGGACCAACUUUGGCCGACACGAACGCACCAAAACAAAAGACAUCCGAACCGGUGGAAGUGCGAGUUCGACUGUAGCCCAGUGUUCGGUCCUAUCAGCUGGAGUGUCAAUAUCGGAACCACCGAUCGCAAAAAAAAAAAAAAAAGAAUCCGAACUAAUUUGAUUUGCAGUUGGUCCUCUUCCGGGCACCAUGAGCAAAGCCAAGUCAACCGCCCACGAGCCGACGAUCCACUACCUGGACAGCGUGCUGAGCGAUGAGGAGAAGCGGUGCGCCUAUGGCCACCAGUGGCGCAACUUCUCCAUCUCCCGAUCCGGACGCUUUCGUUCGAAGAACAAGAAGCGGGAUGCGGUCGACGGAAAGUUCUUUGACGGAGGAUCUGGAUCAGGAUCUCUGCAGGACUUCGAGAAGGUGUGCCCUUUUGCGCAUUUCAUUAUUGUACCUAUAAACCAUAACAACUCACCUUAUAGAGCCCAUAUCUAACAAUCACUUAGUGAGCAGCCCGUUUUGCCAAUGGCGUUCGUGAUUUGCGGGUGUGAGUUGUGUAUCUGCGAUUGACAAUCUGCACCGCUUCCAGUUCGUCUCAAAUUGCACUUCGAAAAGCACAAUAUCCAAGUGCCUCGACCCUGCGACAGGACCGAUGACGCCUGCAGCUAAUCAGACAAGAAGCCAACGUGACCAGGUUGAGAGCUAUAAAAGUGUUUACGAAACGAAUUUAUAGAUCUUUAAUAUGUAUUUCCAUUACUUAUCAUGCACAUGUAUAUAAAUUAGCAUGACGCCUUUUUUAUCAGAUUGAGAGGACAAAGAAAAUAAAACGCAUUUAGAUAGUGGACUUAUUGCACUACAGGUUUCCUAUGCAGAGCAUAUUAAGGCAUAUUUCUCAUAUGAACACUCUUUCUGUCUAUGCUUAGAUCAAUUGUACUUAAGUAAAAUAAAAAUAUUAGGAUUGCUUAGAUUGUUAAAGUAUUAAAAAGUGAUAAGUGCACUAAUUACUAUGCAUAUUUAUAAGUUUAUAGCUAUAUAAUUGUACGUCUUACUGUAUUGAAAAUGAUUACACUUAAAUAAGACCAAUAAAGAACCAGGUUCGAUUUAAGAGUCCUUUAAUCUCUAACAGUCAU